CGACAUUUGUCUCAUUUCAGAGACCAACUCGAAAGUUUCGCCUUUCAUAAUCCGUUAUAAAGUAGCUUAUCAGCGAAGAUUUCCAAUUUCGCAAAAAGAGAAGAAAUGCCCGGCUUGGAGAGGAUUAAUCGCUGCGGCCGUCUGAUCGAAAGAAUGCGGAGGGAUUUCCUGAAAUAUUAUCUGAAAAAAUGCCCGACCCUUUUUCACAUUUGCUACGAUCCGAUCGGCACUCAUCGAAAAGCAAGGGCCUUCAUCGGAUUUCUCUUCGGAUUUCUUGCAGCUGUCGUGUUAUACGAGGGCAUAAUCGUCGAUCUACAGUUUGACGCGUAUACCAGCAUCUCUUUGGGAGCCAUCCUCGUCGUGAUAUUAUCGAUAGGAUGCGCAACAUCGAUGCAGGUGAGAUGCAUCUGCCUUUUGACAAUCCCGACCUUUCUUGGACGAACGGGACGUAACGUUUUGCGAGCGUUCAUCCUAGGAUAUGUAAUCGCGGGACCGAUAUUCAAUUUAAUGUAUAAUGGCAAAGAGGUGAUGAGAACUUUUGCUUGUACAACACAGUUGACGUACAAUCUCACCCAAACGCGCUUUGAUCUCAUGUUUAAGCCUUUCCAGCAAGCGGUGCUCGCCAUACAAGCGGAUGCGAGCGAAUUGAAAGAUACUUUAUCUUCGGUGAGGGAUUUGAUGAGUCCGAUAGUCGAGGAAAUCGAAGGCGAAGAGGAGAUGAAGAGGUUGAAAGAGGAGAACGACUAUCUAGACGAGCUUCAGGACGAUACGAAACGAAGUGACGAGAUUGAAGAAAAACAUGAAAAAGAGAUGGCGAAGGCAAAGUCUGAGGCGGAUGUUUACGAGGCAAACUACAAGAAGAAAAUCGAGAUGCGUUGUGAAGAGCAGCUUAGUCGCGGUGCCGAACGAUGCAGAGACAUGUUUGGCGAUGCUUACGACAAGUGUUACGACACGGUAACAGUCUUUGCAGCCUGGUUAUUGUGCUGGCCGAUGAAGCUCACCUUUGUGUGCAAUCUGGUGCAGGCUCUCGGUGGCUCCAACAUCUGCGAUCCCGAAGGAAAAGUGGACUCCGGUAUCGGCGAAGGCUAUGUUGCUUUAAAAAGAGCCAGGGAAACAUUCAGCAAGAGUCUAAGGGAGGCAAAACUGCAGUAUAAAGUGGAGAAGAUGCCGGUGAUCCUUGACGUUCAUGAUGCCACGGAUGCUGCUAAAGCUGUGAUGCACGAAUUCAACUCACGUAAGAAGAUUUUGGAAUCGGUGAUGAUGAUUAUCAAGAGAUGCCUGUCCUUCGUUUUCUUGAGAAUCAUAAUGAACGCUCAGACAUACCACGAUAAAUAUCUCAAUGAGAUCGAGCAUGACAACGUAUACGUGACUUCGUACUUUCGAAAAAUCGAUGCAAGACGGAAGGCCCGCGGCAGUUUGGUCCUACUGCCUUUGAAGAAGAUUGAGAGAUCGAAAUUUGUGGAUCCAUAUAGCCUGCGGCCGAGCAAGAUCGAACGGGAGCAUUUGAUCGGUCAAACGGCGAAGUUGAUACUCGAAAUGAUCACUGUGACGACGUUUGUACUGCUCGAUAGGCUAUUUUUUGAAGUGCUCGAUUUGGUCAGAAGACACACUUAUAUGGAAUAUACUCAGGCGGGUCAUCAUGACAUGCUCUUGGAGGUUCGCGGAAUCGGAGUAAUAGCUUCGCUGAUACGUCGCGUAAUUCGUGGAUUUAAUGUAAAGAGACGAGUGAAAACCGUGGUGUCCAAUAGCGCGUGUUUACCGAGGCCUAGCAGAGUGCCGGAUCGCCUGAUCCUCAAGAUCUAUUUGACUUAUCUCUGCAUUUGGCUAUUGCUAUUCACCGCCGCUUACACCCAGCGACUACGGCGAGUGAUCUGCUCAUUCUUCUACAGAAAACGCGAGAAAAGGCGCGUCCUAUAUCUCUAUAACGAGAGUCUGAGGCGUAGACUUGGGCAUGCUAGAUUUAUACGAGCCAAAAUCAGAGCUCUGGUCAGGACUCGUCGACUGGAAUACGACAUGGAUCCGUGGAUCGCUAUGAGACUACGUUGGCCAAUGCUCUGCGGUUGGCUGGCGUUAUUCGCCCGAGCGCGUCUCAAGUGUCUCGUUUGUGGCGAAGCGGAACCGAGGAAAGGUCCGCAAUUUCGCAGAUGUACGACACCAGGGUGUCCCUUCGUCCAUUGUUUCGAGUGUUGGAAAGACGUCGGCGAGGUCUGCUAUGCCUGUGCCGACAUUGACGAGACGACAGAUGACGAUACAGACGUUCCGAUAGAGAAUUAUUAAUACAGAUAGGGAUUAAUACGAUAAUAUCUCAUAAAUGCGCUUUUGAUAUAGGGCCAAAUACUUUUUUUUGUAAACAGGCUGUGUAUCUUUAGAUAAAUAUAUAUUUCUAUUAUUAGUAAUGAA